UCUCACCAGGUCCGUUUUAAAAAAUCAAUACGACGCCAUUCACACCAAUUGUGAAAUAUCGUCCUGCUGCAAUCCGGCCAUUAUUUAUUCGAAACAGGUUUGAUUUUUGCGUAUUUUCGCUUUCCAAUAAAAUAUGUUGACCAAUAGGAAUUGUUUUCAGCGACACGUGAUCUUUAUCACAAAGGUAAACUUGUCUGACAGACUGAUCGUGUUCGUGUCUCAGCACAGGGAAGUAUAUGAUAAACAGCAUUUAAACUUUUGCUUGUUUUAUUUAUUUUUUUAAACCCCAUCAUCAUUUGACAAACUGAUUCUAGGUAACUGUAACAUAUACAAUUGUGUCUAGACAUGGCAACGCAAGCACAUUGAGGGAAGCGCAGGAAACUGCUUCCCAGCGAGCAUUGCCUACACUCAGCAGCCGUAGCCAGCAAUCUACAUCUCAUUUGAGAGAAACAGAAGUUAUAUGAGUGUCUUCAGAGUUGUCACCUGGAAAUAGCUGGUGCUGAGUGAAUCAUGACAGAGCAUAAGACACUGGUCAUAGACUUUGAGCCUCGGGUGAAUGACACUGCCCAAGGUGAACAGAACCAACAAAGCAGAACAGAGAAACAACUCUGGGUACGCAGUGAAAACUCUUUCACUUUCAACUUCUUCCCUGAUGGUGCACCAGCAGCACAGGGGGCAGAAACUGCCCUUUCAGAUGUGAAACACCAGUUUGCAGGAUUACAGACAAAAACAUCCACCGCUUCUACAGAACAGGGUUCUGGUUUUGCAUUCAACUUCCAAAUCCCUGUUAGUAUACCAGGGGAGAUGGAGAAAGAAAUUGGCACACCAGUACCCUCAGGGGCUGUAGCCCUGAAAGAGCCCAAAGAGGAAAAGCCUCAGGGCCAGAACGCUCAACAAGUAAUUAAAGCACCUGAGCCAACCACAUCUUCUAAAGCCAAGAAAAAUAAGAAAUCUGGUCAUAAGAAAAUUGCCAGCGAAGGACAGCAAAAACAGAUGACAAACUUGACAGACACAGAAGGGACUCAUGGGGAGGAUGGCACAAUGCUGACUACAGAACAGCAGCUGAAAAGAGAGCUGGACUGGUGCAUUGAGCAGCUGGAGUUGGGCAUGGCUACUCUGAAGGCUACGCCAAAACAGAAGGAGGAGGCCUCUCGUGCCCUUAAGACGCUGCGCAGCUCCAAAGCCCCCCUGGCAAAGAAGAGGCAGGUGAUGAGGGCCAUGUCUGGGGACUACAGGAAGAAGAUGGAGGAGGAGAAGCACAAGCAGUUCAAAUUGAUUCAUGCUGCGAUGACAUCGGCUCAGGUCAAAGUAGUGGCAGACCCUGCUAAGAAGUCUAUUUUCCACAGAAAAGCGGAAGGUAGAACAGAGACUCUACCCUUAAAAUUAAAUGCAAAGAGUCAACAAGAGAAUUUACAGGCACAGACUCCAAACACAAGUGUGCUGAACCAGGAGAACUCAACUUUUGUCUUCACUCCUGCUAAUGAAGAGUUCUGCUUUAACUUCCUCUGAUUUGCUCUGGGGAAGUAUUUGCUCAAGAAAUCAGUCUUACCCUAUAGAGGAAUACAAAUGAAGCCAUUUUUAAAGUUCUUUGCUUGAAUGCUCUCCAUCUGAAUAAUGGUUUCGGUUGAUUAUAAUGCUAUUGGUUGUGGUUUGAUUAAGUAUUGUCAACAUUUUGAUUAAUAAAAUGGAUUAUUUGGGUAAA